AUGGCUGCACUGCUACUGGGUUCCUGCCUGCUCUCGCCACUUCUUCUCCACCUGCUCCUCAGCCUUUUGUUAGCAGUUAUCCCGGGGAAGGCAGCAGGGCCCAGCCGCUGGAGCGCGGGACACUGCCCUGAGACACCUAGCCAUCCCGGGGAAGCUGGGCUCUUGACGAGCAACAGUCGCUCGGUGAUUCGCCCCAGGUGGACGUUACAGCGGCUCCCAUCGGGACCAGAAUGCCCGGUGUGGAGUCCUUUUAUAUGGCACGGGGCGCACGGAGACCCUUUUGGACCCUUGUGCAUGGAAGAAGGGGAGGCGACAGGGCCGUGGAAUGGAGACAGGCAUCCCCACCCUGCAGGUAGGAGCAGGGGCAGCAGUGGGAAGAGGGGCGUUGUUUCACCAGUUUUCUCUUCCCCGGUUCAAAAUGGCAAAAUGCGGUUUGUACAAAGGACUAGAGUGUGCGCGCGGUUACCACCGUGUCUGCUGCUCUCCAAAUCCGACACCAGGAGAGUCUUUGUGCGCGGCCACCACCGGGGACCUGAGAGCGAGGCGUUGGAGAUGGCUAGGGACGUGAGAGGGGCUUCUGAAAGGUGUAGAAGGAUUCUCUACCGGCCACUUCCCCCAACACAGCACAUAUAUACAGCUAAGCAACCACCUGGACAGCUGACAUGGGGCCCUCACUCUCAUUUGGGCGAUAAUGCUUUGAACUCCAGCGAGGUGGACACCGGGGAUUGUUCUCAUUUGGGCAGUCACAAUGCUAUUGAUCUCACAAGCAAUGGUUGCAAUCGUUGGUUGACUAUGGCCAUUGGGAGAACGGGGAGGAGCGGAGCGCAAGGGCCCUACACAUGCUAUCUCACCUCAGCGGUCGCAGGCAGCGCUGCCAGAUGUUACCAGUCGCCCGGGAUUACUGAAGGGCGGUUGGCCCUCACAGGUUGUUGCUGCAGGCGUAUCCGAGACAGGCUCCGCGCCAGCCACUGUCCUGGGGAUGCCAUGGGUGUGGGCCAGAGGAUGGACGGAGAGAAGGCACAAGGCAACAAACACGUAAACGCAAAUGAUCAGGAUGAUGAUUUUGCCUCUGUUUAUCUAACAACCAAGCCUAAGGUGCGGGCUGCUCCUCCACAUAAAUUAGGCCGAGAACAGACCUCUCAAUCCCGUGUAGAGAGCAAGGGGUUACCCUGGGGGUCUCUCCCCGGAAAGAGGUGUUGUGGCUUGAAGCAAAUGGAUGUGGGGGGAGGACAUUCAGCCAACGUUAUUGGACCUAGGGGGAGCAUAGUAGGGAGUAAUGUUGACAUCCAAUUUUCCCCCACCACAAAUAUUACGGAUAGUCUCUGUUUUCUAUCUAACGGUAGGCCUACCGCUAAUGAAGACAUAAAUUCACUUAGCUCUACGAACUUGUUUUCCUUAUUCCAUGACGAUAUACAGGCAUCAGAAUUGGCUGCUCGAGCCACUAAUCCUCACCCUCAGUCUGAGCCAGCUCACAGUGAGUCAGCUCUCGUCACGCCUGUAAUGUCUUCCAUCACCGCUCUCACUAUAUCAGCCUCCGCACACGCCCGCGCAAUUAAGUCUGGUGUUACUCACAGGGAUAUCUUUACCACAAACCCUUUCUCAUUCUCCAUCGAGCUCAACCUGACUAAACGGGAUGAUGACUCAGACUCACAUUCCCGGCUACGAGCUAGCCCCCACCACACUAGCCAUUCCCAGAACAUGGGUUCAGCACCACAGGCACUGUGGACAGCUCCCAUGAAAACCUCUACACAGGAUUCCCCAACUAAACACGCAGAUUCGGCUCACCACUUUCAGACAUUCUUUUUCGGGAGUGUUCACAACGUCAAUAAUAAUAACAACAUCAGAAAUGACAACCAGAACCACAACAACAAUAGCAACAAGGAGAACAAAGAGGAGAAUGUUCUAACGAAAGACGAAAGUAAUGAUGCCGAUAGUAGACAGGUGUCGGCGGAUCUGAGUGGACCGUGCUCACAGACACAGCAGGGGUCGUUCCCGGAAGAGUGCCUCCACGCUGCGUGUGUUGACAGCAGCUCUGGCGACAGCUUAACCACUGUACAGGGGGGCACGCGCACGCAAUUAAAAUCCAGUAAACUGCUGCCAUUACAACAAGAAGGUGUCAGUCUGCGAGAGAGGCAUAUGGGGGUCGAGGUUGAGGAGGGGUCUGGGGGAGGCGAAUUACAGGUGGGGGAGGGGGAGAGACAGGCCAGAGAGGCGUGGAAGAAGGAAGUGGAGGAGUGGGAGUCAGAAGGAAUAACAAAGAGAACCACAGCCCAAACAGAUGCAACUGUAGAGGCAGAGGGAGAGGGAGGAAAGGGUCAGGAGAGGGCCAGCCACACACAGGCACAGAGUGGAGCAGGGGGAGGUGGGGGGAACAAAGAGUGGCAGGGGGAUGAAAGCACACAGGGAGAGUGGGAAGAAGAGGAGGAAAGGCACAGUUCCAGGGGAGAGAGAAGCCUGGAACGGCAGAUAGUGGAAGAUAGAGGUGAGGAGGACAGAGAGAAAGAGGUUUUGGUGGUGGGACGCGCUCGCCGUGCUGCCAACAGACACCCUCACUUCUCCCUGUAUAACUUCCAGGUGCAGGUACCAGAGAACCAGCCCCCAGGCACCUCAGUCAUUUCCAUUUCAGCCACAGACCCAGACUCAGGUGACGCAGGCAGGCUCAGCUACACAAUGGCCCCUCUCAUGAACAGCAGAUCCACUGACUACUUCCACAUUGACCCCGACACAGGCCUCAUCACCACCUCCCAGGUGCUGGACAGGGAGCACAUGGACCUGCAUUACUUCCGGGUCACAGCGUUAGACCACGGCUCUCCACGCCUCUCUGGCACCACCAUGGUGGCCAUCACCGUGGCCGACCGCAACGACCACUCGCCCAUCUUUGAGCAUACAGAGUACCGGGAAACCAUCCGGGAGAAUGUGGAAGAGGGUUACCCCAUCCUGCAACUCCGAGCCACUGACCUGGACGCCCCGUCCAACGCCAACAUCCGCUACCGCUUCAUAGGAGACACCGCAGCCGCCGCCCGUGCCGCUUUCGAGAUCGACCCCCGCUCAGGGCUGAUCACUACGCGGGGGGCAGUCGACCGGGAGACCAACGAGCGCUACACCCUCAACGUGGAGGCCAGUGACCAGGGAAAGGAGCCCGGGCCACGCUCAGCCACCGUUACGGUCUUCAUCGCGGUGCUGGACGAGAACGACAACGUUCCCCAGUUCAGCGAGAAGCGCUAUGUGGUGGCGGUGAGGGAGGACGUCCGGCCCCACUCAGAGAUCUUGAGGGUAAGUGCUACGGACUAUGAUAAGGAUAGCAACGCGGCCGUCCACUACAACAUCAUCAGUGGGAACAGCCGGGGCCAGUUCAACAUCGACAGUGUGACAGGGGAGAUCCAGGUAGUUGCCCCUCUGGACUUUGAGGCAGAGAGGGAGUACACUCUGAGGGUCCGGGCCCAGGACAACGGCCGGCCGCCUCUCUCCAACAAUACGGGUAUCAUCAGCGUGCAGGUGACCGACGUCAACGACAACCCUCCCAUCUUCGUGUCUACGCCGUUCCAGGCGUCAGUGCUGGAAAGCGCCCCCGUGGGCAGCUCCAUCCUCCACAUCCAGGCCAUCGACACCGACUCUGGGGACAACGCCCGUCUGGAGUACAGGCUGACUGGCACCAGCCCUGACACGCCCUUCGCCAUCAACUCUGCCACCGGCUGGGUGACGGUCAGCUCGGCUCUGGACCGGGAGUCUGUGGAACACUACUUCUUUGGGGUGGAUGCCAGAGACUAUGGCAUCCCACCUCUCUCCGCCACAGCCAGUGUGACCAUAACAGUGAUGGAUGUCAAUGACAACAGGCCAGAGUUCCUGCAGAAAGAGUACUUUGUGAGGCUCAACGAGGACGCAGCCGUGGGCACCAGUGUGGUCGUUGUGACCGCAGUCGACCGUGAUGUCAACAGUGCAGUCACCUAUCAGAUCACGGGGGGCAACACACGUAACCGCUUUGCUAUAAGCACAGCCGGGGGGACGGGGAUGCUCUCUCUAGCGCUGCCACUCGACUACAAACAGGAGCGUCGCUACGUUCUGACCGUGACCGCCUCAGACCGCACACUAUACGACACGUGCCAGGUCCACGUCAACAUCACGGACGCCAACACGCACCGGCCCGUGUUCCAGAGCGCUCACUACUCGGUGACUGUGAACGAGGACCGGCCACCGGGCAGCACGGUCGUGGUCAUCAGCGCCACGGAUGAUGACGUCGGCGAGAACGCUCGCAUCACCUACUUCCUGGAGGACAACAUCCCCCAGUUCCGCAUCGACCCGUCCAGCGGAGCCAUCACCCUGCAGGCCGAGCUGGACUAUGAGGACCAGAUGACCUACACUCUGGCCAUCACCGCCCGGGACAAUGGCAUCCCACAGAAGUCUGACACCACCUACGUAGAGGUGAAUGUGAAUGAUGUGAAUGACAAUGCACCACAGUUCCUCAGCCCCAGGUACCAGGGCACCGUUAGUGAAGACGCCCCACCUUUCACUAGCGUCCUACAGAUAUCCGCCAUGGACCGAGAUGCACACGCCAAUGGCCGCGUCCAGUACACCUUCCAGAAUGGGGAGGACGGUGAUGGAGACUUCACCAUCGAGCCCACAUCUGGCAUUGUACGCACGGUCCGUCGUCUGGAUCGCGAGAGCGUUCCCUUCUAUGAGCUGACGGCGUAUGCUGUGGACCGUGGUGUGCCUCCACAGCGGACGCCCGUCCACAUCCAGGUGACGGUUCUCGACAUCAACGACAACGCACCCGUGUUCCCGGCGGACGACUUUGAGGUUCUAGUGAAGGAGAACAGCGCUGUGGGGUCAGUGGUGGCCCAGAUUACAGCCACAGACCCAGACGAGGGGGCCAACGCCCAGAUAAUGUACCAGAUCGUAGAAGGCAACAUUCCUGAGAUCUUCCAGAUGGACAUCUUCUCUGGGGAGCUCACCUCUCUCAUCGACCUGGACUACGAGGCCCGCUCAGAGUACGUGAUCGUGGUCCAGUCCACCUCAGCCCCCCUGGUGAGCCGGGCCACGGUGCGCAUCCGGCUGGUGGACCAGAACGACAACCGGCCCCAGCUCAAGGACUUCCAGAUUAUAUUCAACAACUUUGUGUCGAACCGUUCCAACAGUUUCCCCAGCGGGGUGAUCGGACUGGUGCCGGCCCACGACCCGGAUGUCAGCGACCGCCUCUACUACACCAUCGACCGGGGCAACGAGCUGCACCUGCUGCUGCUCAACCACAGCAGCGGGGAGAUCCGGCUGAGCCGCAAGCUGGACAACAACAGAGCCUUGGUGGCCCCCAUGCUCAUCACUGUCACAGGUGAGACGGGACAGAGAGAUUUGUGUGUGAAAGAGAGGGUGUUGGUUUGUGUGUGUGUGUGGGAGAUAAAGAGUGUGGGGGAUGGGCUGGUCAGAAAAUGUGAAUGACUGAGCGCUAAAGGGGCAUUUAAAAUACUUAGGCAUGAUUAAUGUAUUUGUGUUGAGAUAAAUGAAAGAGGCGAUAUGUGGCAUGGUAUGAUAAACUGCCUGGUAACGAUGGUUUAUGAUUUAUUUUACUGAACAACAGUCAUGCAUUUCUAGUUUGUUAAUAAAGAGGUUUUAUAUGGUCAGUGUUUUUUAUGUGAGCUGGCCUAUUUACAAAGCUUUUAUUCCAAUUGCAUUGUGGGUGCCUAAUGCAUAUUUGUGUGUGAUUUUGAAUGAGAGUGUGUGUUUGUUUGUCUAUCUGUGUUUGUUUGUCUGUGUAUGUGUGCGUGAUCGUAUGUUCAUGUGUGUGUUUGUGCAUCUCCCUCUCUACCUGUCCCUUUCAAUGUUCCCUCUGCAGUAGGAGUCUCUGUUCAUCCUUUCCCUCCCUCCAUCUCGCCCUCCCUCCGUCUCUCCCACACUCAGCCUUUCUCAGCCUCUCUCUGCCCACUCCUCUCCUCCAGGGCAGGAGUGUUAUGAGAUUAUAAUGAAAUACAGUCAGUCUGAGAGCAAGUCUGUCAGAUUCAUUGUGUGUGCUGCUGUCUGUGUCUGCCUGCCUGGCUCCCCCUCUCCUCUCUUCUCCCCUCCCUUCACAUUCUCUCUCUCUCUCGCUCUCUCUCUCUCUCUCUCUCUCUCUCUCUCUCUUUCUCUCUCUCUCUCUCUCUCUCUCUCUCUCUCUCUCUCUCUCUCUCUCUCUCUCUCUCUCUCUCUCUCUCUCUCUCUCUCUCUCUCUCUCUCUCUCUCUCUCUCUCUCUCUCUCUCUCUCUCUCUCUCUCUAUCUCUACCUCUCUCUCACUCUCUCUUGCUUGGCUUUGAGUCGUGCUCUUGUCUAAGACUAGAGAGUGGGGAGAUUAAGAUGUAAUAUAGCCAGUCGGUCUAAGAUCCCAACAGGACAGCAGGACAGCAGGCAUGUACUCAUCUGAUAUCUGUCUCUGUCCAUCUGUCUGUCUUCUUCCCCUGGGACACCAACACACACCACCACCACUUCCCCUCUUUUAUGUGUGUGUGUGUGAGAGAGUCAGUGUGCUUGCAUGUGUAUCUGUGUUUGUGUUUGUCUAUACAGUACAUAUGGGUGUAGACAGAGAGAUUUAAACAUGAAAGGCAAAUAAUAGAGAUUUGAUUUGCGCUUUCUAUAAAAUGUGUGUUGUACAUGUUUACCGUCCAACAUACUGUAUAUAAAUGUGUUCUUGACUGGUCAUGCAAGGGAUGGCCAGAGAGUUUGACACAGUUUACAGUGUCCGUAAAGAGAUCCUUCUCUUUCUGCUCCAGCUGUAGGAUUUUCCCAUUAAAUAAUCUCUCUGUAAUGCACUUUAACCACAAUAGACAGCAGGGCCCAAUUCCCUCGCUCUCUUUCUCUCCUCUACUCUCUUAGCAUCAUCCUUUACUUAUUCAACACACACUAAUGCAUCCUGUAGUGAGUGUGUCCAGGUGUAUUUGUGUGUGCAAGCGUAAGGACAGUAUAGUCAAUGUGAGUGUGUAUGCUACGGAUGAGUCAUUUAUACAUACAGUAGUUGUAAACUAGCUUACACAUGGCGUGGUAGAUACAUCUGUACAUCUGGGAAGAUAAUGCAUAGAUAGAUCAGAUCACUGAGACUAUAAGCAUAUGUCUGUAAAAUGCACUUUUAUGCUGAUGCCUUAUGUGUGUGUAAAGGGAUUGUGUGUGUGUGUGUAUCCAUGUAUGUGGUUUAAUGGGAGAUUAGACACUGUAUUGCAAAGAUGCAGUAUAAGCCUGCAGAGAGCUCUUUGACUGUGUGGCUUAUUCCGUUCUACUUUGCACUGAGAAUAAUGAGUGUUCAGACCUCAGGGGGAGAAGGGCUUUUAAAACAAACAGAGCGCGGAAAUCAUCUGUCAGACAACUGCCUGUACUGUGUGUGUGUGUUCACAUGAGCAAGAUUGUGAAUGAAUGCAGGCUAUGGAUGUGUUCCUUUCAAUGGUUAUGUGUGUGUGUGUUUCCGUGUGUGUAUGCGAGUCUGUGCCACUUUGUGUGUUCAUAAUUUAACCCUCUCCUGGGGACCUAAAGUUGUUAUUUCUAGGUGG